AUGAAGUCUCGGGACCUACACCUCCAUCGGUUUCAACUGACACGUGAUGAAGGUGAUUGGGUAGUUUACAAAGAAUAUCGUAAUAACGUAAAAACCAAAAUUAAAGCCGCAGCGAAGGACCACACCUUCAAUGAAGUAAGAGAACAUAAAUACAAUUCGAGAUCCCUAUGGAAAAUAAUUAAUAACAUAAUUCCCUUGAAGGAAAAGGAAACACAAGUUUAUAGUAAAGAUCCAAAAACAGUUGCAGACGAUUUCAACCUUUUUUUUAGUUCUGUGGGACGGAACGCUGCUGCGACAGCCGAAAGUUUAGCCAAAGACAACAAUGUUGCACUGUCAAAACCUCUGUCAAAUGUCAUCACUUAUCCAUCUGAUCAACUGUUCAAUUUCCAAUCCGUUACUUGUACAGAGGUUCAACGCAUUAUCAUGGCUAUGCCAAGUAAUAAGUCACCAGGACCAGAUAAAAUAGGCAUGCGUGUCAUCAAAGACUGUCUUCCAAUCAUACUGGGUCCUCUUACGCAUAUGAUAAAUUGCUCUCUAAUGACAAGCACAUUCCCUGACCUAUGGAAGAUUUCUGAAGUUAUACCCCUACUAAACGAAGGAGACCACGAGAUAGCCUCAAACAAUCGGCCUCUCUCACUACUCGAGGUAGUUUCAAAAGUUUGUGAAAAAGUUGUUCUAAAUCAAUUUAGCUCCUACCUCAAAGAAUUUAAUCGCAUAUCGUCACAUCAAAGCGGGAAUAGGAGUCUUCACCCCACCGAAACCUUAAACAUAUUUGUUACCGAUACGAUGUUGGAAGCCAUAGACAACAAAAAUCUAACGGCACUAAUUUUAUUGGAUUUAUCCAAGGCAUUUGACAGUGUCAGUCAUUCGAUUUUAUUACACAAAUUGAGUUGUAUCGGUGCUUCACCCGAAGCUGUUAAAUGGUUCCAAGACUAUUUAACAGGCAGAUCCCAAUACGUGCGCAUUGGAUCCACCAAGUCAUCAGCUCGCCCAAUAACCCAUGGCGUUCCACAAGGUGCAAUACUAUCACCACUUCUGUUUUGCAUCUAUAUUAAUGAUCUGCCAGGGAGCAUACAAUCGUGUAACCUUGAUUCAUACGUAGACGACUCAAAGCUUUACAAAUCAUUCUGCAUCUACGACUUGGAACAGACAACUAUCAAUUUAGAGGCAGAUCUACAAAUAGCAGCCAAGUGGUGUUUGGAGCACCAAUUACUGAUCAAUCCAGAAAAAACUAAAUUCCUUGUAGUCGGUUCAAGACCCAUGCUGCAGAACGUACCUACAGAAAUAUCGCUAACAUUUUUAGGAAAGACUAUAAGACCUGUUUUAUUAGCUAAAGAUUUGGGAAUCAAUUUGGAUUCGUACCUAUCCUACGACGACCACAUAUCUAAACUCGUUUCGUCGUGUAUGAGAAAACUAUGUCAAAUAAAUCGCGUGAAGGAUAGUUUCGAUAAUGAAACAUUAAAAUUGGUCAUUGAGACACUUGUAAUUAACAAGCUUCUGUACUGCUCUACGGUGUGGUCCAACACGUCAUCUAACAAUAUCAAUAAACUUCAAUCAGUGCAGAACUUCGCGUGCAGAGUUUUUCAGGGGUAG